AAGGUUGAUGAAGGGAAAACCGGCAAGAUCAAUUACCAUUUACGAAUCAUCAUCACAUUCACCUCUUCCCCCGUUAAUUGGAGAAGUCAAUUCCAUUUCCAACCACCAUCAUGUCAUGGUUGCCUCGCUCAAUUGCUAAUUCUCUCCUAAUCGAUGGAGAAGAUGAAGAUGAAGAUGAUCGCCCCACCGUGGCAAACGAUUACAACAACCACCUCCCUCAAUCUCAAUCGGUAACAGAACAAGAAUUCAACCCAAACCAAGACGGAUCAGAUCCUCAAACCCUAACAACAGGUCUGAAAGAAGAUCUUUCCGAGUUUACAGAAUCCUUAGCGCGUCAACUCUGGGGCGUCGCUUCCUUUCUUGCUCCUCCUCCUCCUCCUCCUCCUCCUCCACCUCCGCCACCACUACCACUUCGUCACAGUUCUCGCACAACCCCCAAACCCGAUACAUCCGCAUCUAUUCGAAGAGAUUCCUCUGACGGUGAUAAUAUCUCGAAUUCAAUUUGCGAAGAUUCGAGAUUUGGGGGUGAAACUGGAGUUUCGAAUUCAUCUAUAUAUCCCAAUGAUAACAAAGAGGACAGCCAUACGGAUUUUGUUGGUGUUACCGACGAAGUCUUGGCAUUCGCCAUGAAUAUAGCACAUCAUCCUGAGACGUGGUUGGAUUUUCCUUUAACAGAAGAAGAAGAACUUGAUGAUUUUGAAAUGUCGGACACUCAAUGGAACCAUGCAAGUUUUGUGGAACAUGUAGUACCGAGAUUAGCUGCUCUUAGAAUCGAACUUUGUCCAAUUCACAUGAGUGAGAGUUACUUUUGGAAGGUCUACUUUGUUUUAUUGCACUCCAGGCUCAAUAAACAUGAUGCCUGUCUUCUAUCAACACCCCAGAUAGUUGCAGCGCGGGCAAUGUGGAUGAAGGAGUUGCAAAUCCAGAUGAAGUCGAAACCAGAUUUUUUGGAGGGAAAUACUUCCCACACAUUGAAUUGUCAUCAAGAUUUUAGUGCCACGUCAUCGGACUUUGUUUCCACAACAGUUACAGCCGGGAAACAAGGAGUUGUGGAAAAGUAUGAGACAAGGGGUGGAGGGGUUCCAUCAGUUGAGAGUUUUGGUGAUGAUGAAGAUGAUUGGAUACAUGAAAACAAUUCAGAGUUGGAUGGAUAUAAUAAUUAUGGGGUUGAUGUUCCUGUUGGAGCCCAUGAUGACAUUUCAUUUAGUGAUCUUGAGGAUGAUGACUGUACUCUGCCAAUAAGAUCCAAGGUUAUCUGAGGGGGGUUGUUUGGUUUGUCAUUGUUAAAAUUACUCAAAUACCCCUUUCACCCUAAGGGCAUCUCGCCUCUCAUUUCUUCGUGUGGAUUCCCUCUUCUUGCUCAUGGAUUCAUUCCAAUUCCUGCCAAAAAUGUCUAAAAAGCAAAAGCAAGAUUGGAUUUGACAUGAAUUGGAAAUCUAUUCCAUUCCCAAAUGUGUUUUGGUUGCAAGUGAGUAUGGAAUUGAAUUACAAAGUCCGAUGGAUGGACUUCGACAUUCCAUUCCAAUAUCAUAAAACCUGUGAAAUUUUAUUCCAAACAUACCCUCUUUGUUAAAAUUACUUAAAUACCCUUUUAAUCCUAGAAUUUCACAAGUGUGCUUUUCCCUCUUUCUCAUGAAUUGGAAUUUAAAUUCCCAUUCCAAUCAUGUAUUUGCCUAUUUGGUUGCAGCCUUACAGCUACGGAAUUGAAUUGUGUGGAAAUUUAUAAAAUCAUUUAAGCAAUGGAUUUCGAUAUUCUAUCCUAAAAAGCAUGGAAUUCAAUUCUUCGCAUAUCGUUCUUGUUAAAUUCCAUUCCAUUUUCUCCCAGCCAAAACCAUGGCAACAUUCAAUUCCUACAUAUCCAAAUUCAAUGACCCGAUUCCGAUUCUUUCCAGAACAUUCCACCAAGACUACUUCGCAGUCAAAGCAUCAAAGGGGUAAUAUGGUCAUCAUUUUUUCAGAGAUGGAAUCUCGACGCAACAAGUGUAUAGGAUUUCUUUCAGUCCAUGUUUCUGUAGAGGUUGUACUCAAACUUAUAAGAAUUUCUGAAUCUGUAAAGAUAAGAUACACACACAACGAAGAUAAGUUCUAGUUUCAUUAAAAUUGCAUUA